GGACCCUGACACAUCAAUCAGCUGAUAUACUUAUAAACACGGUAGAUUCUGUUGUAUCAAACAUAGCUUGAUGUCGCUCGAAGCGACAACAUGGAUUAUCGCUUAAUUCUUCUUUUGUCCCUGGUAGCGGGGUCGCAAGCUGGACCAGUGCAGAAUCUCAGAUCUGAUUUGUUAGGGCAAACGUCGUGUGCUAAACAAUGUACAGAGAAGAGUAAGUUUGGAUACGUAACAGGAGAGACAUAUAGAUUUACUUAUGAAGGAGAAACAAAGACGAGUAUAAACAGCGGCAGUAAAGACCAGGCCGGACUGAAGUUUACAGCUACAGUUCUCGUCGAAGUUCUCUCCAAAUGUGAACUUUCACUCAAGCUGGAAGACGUUGUUCUGUCUGGAUCUGAUCCUAACUACCCACAGAGACUGUUGACUGACACACAAUCCAGGGACUUCAAAAAGGCUUUGGAAGACCAUCCUCUUCGCUUCUCCUUCCAAGAUGGCAUCAUGGAAGAGCUAUGUCCUCUUCCAGAGGAAAGUGCAUGGGUCCUUAACAUCAAAAAGGGUAUCUUAUCCUCACUACAGAACACCAUGGACUCCUUCAAAUCUGAACAAGAUCUUGUUGAGACUGAUGUUGCUGGGAAGUGUAGAACUCAGUACAAAUUAAAACAGGAAGGCUGGAAGGCAGUGUCCAUUGUUAAGUCCAAGGACAUCAGUACAUGCCUAGAACGUCAUGGAUUUGAUACCUCAAUGGGGUCCAUCCUGUAUGAGGUCCCCUCUAGUCUUCAGUCACUUCCCAUCAUGAACAGUACCCAUGAAUGUGAGCAGAAGAUCUCAACAGACGGUCACAUGGAAAGUGUUCUGUGUCAUGAAAUCCACAUGUUUAGACCUUUCUCCAAAGGAGACAGUGGAGCAAUGACAGAAGUCACACAGUCACUCAAAUUUGUCUCCCGGUCAACAGGAACUACAUCUAGAAUGGCUGAGGUUAGCAGACGAGACACUCUCUUGUUCAGUCAGGUACAUGGAGAAAAGUCCAUAAUCUCCACUAAGAAGCAGGUGCAGGACAAACUUAAGGAACUGUGUCUGUCUACAGAGAAUGGAAUCAGACCAGAGACCCCAGAUCUGUUUGCUCAACUUGUCAUGCUUAUGAAAAGACUAGAUGCCACAUCAAUGGCUGAAAUCUUUGAAGAAAUCAAAGCUACCUCUUUCUGCCCAAACAACAUGGAGAGAACCAAGAAAUUUUACAUGGAUGCCAUCCCAAUGGUUGGAACAGGAGCUGCAGUGAGGCAGAUUACUCAGCUCAUUAUGAACAAUGAUGUAACUGGUGCUCUCACUGAAUCUUGGCUGGUCUCCCUGUCCUUUAUCCAGCAUCCCACCAAAGACAUGCUUACUGAAAUUUCUAAAAUGAUGAACACAGUCCAUGGCACCAAAAUACUGCUUCCCCUAUCCACCCUUUUGAAUACAUACUGCCAAAAACAGUCUUGUGAACAGGACAAAGACAUCGAAGAUAUCCUCACAAAACUUAAAGCUAACCUUGGUAGAGACUGCAGCAGCUCUAAUGAGGAAAAGAUUCUUGUGACUCUGAGAGCCAUUGGAAACAUUGAACAAACCCAGACAUUUGUCCCCAUCUUAGAGCAGUGCUUCUCCAGAAAACAGAACUCUAUGGGAGUGAGAGUAGCAGCAGUCGAAGCCUACAGAAGGAUGUCAUGUGCUGCUGAUAGAAAUAACUUGAUUGCAUUGUUCCGUAAUGCUGAUGAAGACUCUGAGUUGCGAUUAGCUGCUUAUCUUCAGGUUAUGAAAUGUCCUAAUGACGUUGUCCUUCAACAAGUCAAACAAACACUCCUAUCAGAGGAGGUUAACCAAGUCGGCAGCUUUGUCUGGACACACUUGAUGAACUUAAGAGAAUCCUCAAGCCCCUACAAGGAAACGGUCAGAUCUAUGUUGGAGAGUGAAGACCUCCCUAAAAAAUUUGAUCUCGAUAAACGCAAGUUCUCCAGAAACUAUGAAUGGUCUCACUACUCACAAGACCUGAACAUUGGAGGAAUGUUGGACAGCAACCUCAUCUGGUCACCCGAUUCUUUCAUCCCUCGGUCAGUGUCAGCUAAUUUAUCUGUUGAGAUGUUUGGACAUUCAGUGAAUCUGCUUGAGAUUGGAGGACGUGCUGAGGGCCUGGAUUAUCUUUUGGAAUCCUAUUUUGGACCAGCUGGAUACUUCAAGGAUGGAACCAUCACUCCAGACGAGAAGGACCACCAGGACAUCAAAAUGAAGAAACUGCAAAAGAUUGACAAAAAUUUUGAUAAGAAAGUCCAAGAACUGAAAGGAGCCAUGUAUGCAAGAGUGUUUGGAAAUGAAGUUUUCUAUAAGAGACUUGGACAGUCUGCACCAAAGGCUACAGGAUCAAGUUUCAACUUCCUGGAAAUGUUCCAGGAACUGGCUAAAGGAAAUGAAAUCUCUUACACCAAAAGUAGCAUGUUUUUGGACAGCAGUAUCAUUGUACCCACCAUUAUUGGUCUUCCCCUCAAUCUAACAGUGAAUGGAACUGCCAGUGUGGAUCUUAAAGGAAGAGCCACCAUUGACAUGACGAAGCCACAUAAAAGCAUUCUUAUUGAUGGAAUUAUUGAACCAAGUGGAGCAGUUGAGUUUGCCUCCAUGAUGAGUGUGGAUGCCUACUUUACCAAGAGUGGAAUUAAGAUGACCUCCACCCUCCACUCCAGCACUGGGGUCAGCACUAAGAUCGAGAUCAAGAAUAAAGAGGAAUACAUCUUCAAUGUUGAUGUUCCAAAGACUAAGUCAGAAAUCAUCACUGUCAAGUCUGCCCUGUUCAUGGUUUUCAAAGACCAGGAAAAGAAACAGGUGCCUGCUGCAGACGACAUAGUCACCAAGAAAUUCUGCUCAGGACACACAAUUGUUAGAUUGACUGGUUUGGAGGUCUGCGGAGACGUUGCUCAUCCCCGUGCCAAGGACAACUCUCCCCUCUUCCCACUGAAUGGCCCAGCACAUGGUGUGCUCAUUCUUCACAAGAGAGAUACUCACAAAGGAUAUCAGUUGGAAAUCAAAAAGAUUAAUAACAAGAAACUGCUGAACUUUAAAGUGUUUUAUGACACACCUGGAUCAAAGAUGGAGAGAGCCACAGGAUUUGAACUUGAAGUGAAGAAAGAUUCGAAAAUUCUGGAAAUGAGUCUGACCUCUCCAUGGAAGAAGGCCACAUUCACAGGAAGUUUAGUUGAUGGAAAGAAAGAGAAGCAGCUGAAUGGUCUGGCCACUGUUGAUGGUACCCAGGAAUACAGAUUUGAAUCUUCUAUUGGAAUUAAUGCCAAAGGCUCUUUGACCAGGUAUAAGCCUAAAAUGACCAUCUCCUACCCUAAAGCCAAACCAAUUAAUCUUGAUGGAAGUGUGAAUGUUGAAUACUCAAAACAAAAACAGACAUUGGAUUCUACCAUUGUCCUAAAGGGAAUUCAGGAUGAUCCAAUCACCAUUGAAGCUGACAUAAAAAAUACACCAAAAGCCAAAGGAAUUUCUGCCAAGUUUAACUAUGAGAAAAAGAAGGAGUAUUCAGCAGAAAUCAUGGCAAAGAUUAAUGAACAGAAGAAGAAGACGAUAAUUUAUCCAAAAGUCCUCAUCAAGACCCCUACAAAGGACCUUAUGAGUGUGCGUGGAUCUCUUGUUGGAGAACCAGGAACCUUCGCAAAAGUUGACCUGACCUUGGACAAAGUGUUCAGUUCCGCUGUUAUGGUUAAAGGUGAUGUAAAGAAAAUUGAAAAAGGAAAACGAGUUUUGUACAGAGCAAAAGCCAAUUACAAAGGACCCAAGAAAUCCAGCCUGAGAAUGAGAGUGAAUAUUGAUAAGAAGCCAGUGGCUUUCACCACAAGAGUUAAAGCUGACUACAACUUUGUCAGAAUUUUCAAAGGGGCAAAGGAUAGCUUCACCUACAACAGCAAGAUUGUGAACAAGAGCACCAAGACACUGAACAAUAUUGUUGUCAAUUCGAAUUUCAAGUCAUCAAAAUUUUCUGAAUACAACAACCUCUUGGCAGUAAAAUUUACCAAUCGUUAUAACAAGGUUGCAGACCUGAAGUCUUCUUUUGACUAUGGCCGAACUUACACUAGCAAAGUGAACAAGCAGAGGGUGACUUUAAAUGGUAUUAGCAAAUACAGCUUCAAGAAGAAUGGUGCAACCAUCAGCUACAAUGUCUCUCUCUCACAUAAACCUGCAGAUCUAGAUGCUGCCAUUUCAGGCUCACACUCGCACACAAAAAAGACCAUCAAAUCAAAUUUUGCCAUUCGUUAUGAGGACAAAAACACAGUUACUGCUUCACUGAAACUGGAAGAUGCAACUAAGAAAUUUCCAAAAUAUAGUGGAAAAGCAACUUUAACUUACCCUGGAAGAGAUAUUGUGGUAGAGGCUGCUGGUUCACGUAAAACAAACAAGGAAGGCAAAAUAAAAUUGAUUAUCCAACACCAAAAGGGUGCCAAAUCCAGCAUUGCAGGCGAGUACACUCAGAAAUCCAAUACCUCAAUUGAUGUUCAAUCCAACUUCCAGAUCUACAAGCAGAAGCCAAUCUCCGUAAGUGCUUCUACAGACAUCAGCUACACUACCCCAAAAAUUGAUCUAACAGUCGUCCAUGGUAAUGAUCAGUACGCAGUUAUGGCCUCAGGAGAGUAUGAACCACAUAAGUAUGGCAAACUCAUGUCCCAUAUUCAGUAUCCUGCUCGUAAAGUAACUAUGGAGCUUGAAGGAGGAAAAAAAGGAGGUCAGUGCAUUGGUAAGGUGGAUGUGAGCUGGGACGCAAUCAGGGAUGCAGACAAGAGAGUGUUGGUACAAUGCAUCUCAAGAGUGAACAGCUUGAAGGACUUUGAUGUUUUCACCAACUUAGAGUAUCCAGGUCAGAAAAUUGCUGGUGAGCUCAAGAACCUCAUUAAAGCCAAUUAUAAUUAUAAGACAUCUGCUUCUGUCUCAUGGAGUCCAAGGCAGAGAGUUUUUGCAGAAGUGGAGCUUCUUGACAAUCGCAAGAGAUACAGAGGAGUCUCAGAGGCAACAAUAUCUAUUCAAUCAUCCUUUAAAAAUUUUGAGGAAUAUAAACUAAGAGUUGGCAACAGUUACUCAAAAACUGAGUAUAAGGUCAUAGGUGGCAUAACCUGGGCAAAAGGCAAAACAGUUUCCGCUACUGCCUCAACAAAGUAUCCUCUACUGAUUGAUGAUCUGAACUUAGAUGUCAAGGUGAGCACUCCAUUCAAAGAUGUUGGUAAUCCUCGUGUUAUCCUACUCAACCAGAUCUCCUCUUCCCAGAAGUCACAGAGUGGCAUCUUGAAAGUUUCCUGGGGAAACAAUCAGUUUGUUGACAUUGAAACCAAUGGGGAAACUACUGCAUUUGAGCUUUACAGAAGAGAGUUUACAAGAAACAUUGGCUUCUCAUCCAGCAUCCUAAAUUAUGAGAAAAUCAUUUUCAACAUCACACAUCAAGACAACUUUGAGAAAGUGAGCUCUCAUGCUGUAGUCACUCAUAACAAUGAUAAAUACUUGUACAAGAUAAAUAUGGACAACAAGCUGACUGGUUGGCAGUUGGAGAGCCGAGGAAGCUAUGACAUCAAGGGACCUUAUGAUACCAUGUUUCUCCAAUGGACACACAGAAACACUGACCGUGAUAUCAGAAGCACUGCUGACAUCAAAUGGGGAAAGAGUCAAACCUUCAAUGCAGAACUUACAGGAAAUAUCCAAACCAUCCCAAAUCACAAGAUCACUGGCAGAUUCCAAAUGAAUGUCCCAUCUAGCACAUUGAGAAGAGUGGAAGCUGAUUUUGAGCAUGAAAAUAAGAUUGGAUUUAUCAAGACCUAUGGCAGAAUUACAGCUGACAGAGAAAACAUUGGUACAGUUGAUUUGAAGUAUGGUAGGCAAGUAGGGGAAGCUAAUGUGGAUUUGACAGUGAGCAGUAGAUACAUGGAAGACUUUAAAUUGAAGUCUUUUGCGAAAAGUGCUACCAUGCCAAUCAAAUCUGGCUUGGAGAUCCAGUGGAACCCUGCUCAGAAGAUUGUUGCUGCUUUCACUCAUUCUGAUAUUCUGAACAAUCUAGAAAGCAAAUUUACCUUGACUACUCCCUUCCCACGUGCCCAGAAAAUUGAAGUAGAUGCAAGCCAUAAAUUAAACGGCAUUGACUGGGAAGCAAAAGGUAGCGUAGCAUAUGCUCCCAUGCAAAAGAUAACAGUUGGAGGCAUCUAUAACUUGGUCACAGAAAAGAAAGCCCGUGUAUAUCUCACUUCUCCAUUCCCAACCUUCCAAAGGCUUGAAACAGGAAUCUUCUUCAAAGGAGACUUGAAAAAGUUCACAACCAACUUUGAUUUUGAAAUCAACCCUCUUGUAAAGAAAAUACAAGCCUCUUCUGAUUGGAGUUAUGACAAACUUUACACCAAGGGAUCACUCAGAUUGGACACACCUUUCCCACAAUACCCUUACAUGAGAGCUGAGCUCCUGAGCCAGUACAGCGUAGUAGCACGGCAGUCCAGCUUUAUGGUGGAAUACCUCCCUACCCAGAAAGUAGAAGUCAGUGGAUCAUAUGUUGCUAAGCCUAAAAACCUUCAAGGAACAUUCACUGUCAAAAUUCCUGGAAAGGAACCAGCAACAAUUAGCUAUAGACAAAAUGGAGAUGUCAAUGCUUUUGAUAAUCAUGCUGAAAUCAAAUACGAUGGAGGAAAGACAAUGCUUGUAGACACUACAUUUGGUCUUGAGCCUAAGGUGUAUGGAACUUUCCAUAUGGAAAGUCCAAUGAGAGGAUACAAAACAGUGGACUUCCAAUUCAACCAUGAAGGCAAAACAUGGAAAGACAUAAGGACACAAUUAAUCUAUGGCACAAAUAAAGACAAAAUUGAAAUUGAGACCAUUUUUGAUAUUGUUGGAGAUAUUGAAGCAAAAGCUAUGAUCAAGACUCCAUUCCCAAUUCUAAAAAUUGCUGAGGCUAGCUUUUCUCAUAGUGGCACCUUCCCUAACCUCAGAACCAACAUCAGAGGAAUUUUCAACCACACAAGCAUCGAAAGCAAUCUGGAAACCUCUCACUCUCUGAAACUUACUGGAGGAAAAAUCAACUUAUCCACUACCUUCCCUGCUGUUAAAUUUGCAGAAUUAGCAUUUAAUCAUGAGGGAUCAUCUGAUAAUUUCCAAACACACGUGGAAACCACACACAACCUGAGGAAAUAUGAAUCUGACACUGUUUUCAGCCAUACUACUGAUUUGACAGCAUUUACCCAAACUUUCCAGACACCUAUUCAAGGAUGGGAAAAAACAACAAUAACAUUUAACAAAGAUGGUCCUCACACCAACUUUAAAUCAGUCGCAGAAGUUCAAUACCAAGACCAAAAGAUUUCAGCAAGCUAUAAUCACAAUAUACAGAAAGGUGACGUAGCAACCACAGCCACAUUGAACACACCAUAUACUGAGGACAUCUUAUUCAAACUAGACCAGAACCAGAAAAAGAGAGGAUUUACAACCAAUGUAGAAUUCUCCAUGGGCUCUGAUACUCAAUGGAAGUCCACCACAAACUACAAACUAAAAAACAGCGAACUCAUUUUCACUAUUGAUGAAACUGUUAUCAUGGCAGGUGAGAAGUAUACUGGAAACUUCCAAUUAGAUCAUGCUGGAGUUCCUCUAGCAUUCUCCACUAAAGUUUCUGGAAAAUACCAAACCCACAGCAUAGGAACAUCUGUUGAUUUUAAUGGACAGUCUCUAGAUGACAUUCAUGCCUCUGUGAAAAUUGACUCUUCAUUCAAAGGAUACACUGAAAUGGAUCUUGUUGCAACACACAAGAAAAAUAACAAUGAAUAUAAAUCUGAAGUAAAAGCCAGCAUGGAGAAGAAACACACAGUAUCUUUAGCUAGCACAGUCACUGCAGAACUUCCAAAAAUGGAUAUCAAUGUUGGCCUAAAAACAUCUUUCAAAGAUUAUGAAUCAGCUUCCUUUGCACUUAAGACUGAUAAACCCUCUGACCAAUAUACUGGAGAGAUUGAUAUUACUUAUCCUGAUGGAAAGAAGAUCACAGCUGAUGGAAGAUUCAAGGCAGACUUCCCUAAGAUUGAUGCCAAUGUUGAUGUAACCACUCCUUACAAAGAUUUUGAAAGCUUUGGAGCUACUGUAAAAUCCACUAAAUCUACCUCUGAUCUUAAAAUCCGGUAUGGAGACAACAAGAAGAUUACAAGCUCUAUGUCUCAAAGUAUUGACUUCCCAACCAUGAAUGUAAACUGGGCCAUAACAACACCAAUGAACACUGUGUCUGCAGAAUUUAAUAACAGGAAAGUGGGUAACAGAUACACAACCACCAUCUCAACCAACAUUGAUGGAAAGAAAAGUUCUGCCAAAUCAACAGUAUCGGUGGAUCUUCCAUCAGUGAAUAUGGAAGUUAAUAUCAAGAACAAUCCACUUAAAGAAUACUAUGAUUCUGAUUUCCCAUCAGACUUGACACUUGUUCUGAAAAAUAUGGGUGAAACAGCUAUCAAAACUGCAGAUGUGUACUUGACUGUUGAUGACAUUGAAAAGGCCAGAUUAAGAUCAAGAAUUAACACUGAUGACAUGGUAGGAGAAAUAACUAUUAACCUGCCUGAAGGAAAAAUUAUCUCCAUUUCUCACCAAGCUCAAGAUAAGUGGACACGCACUUUGGAUGCCUCUUGGAAAUUUGGAUCAGAACAUAACAUGGCUACAUCUUCAAGAUGCCAGGUGAACCUCCCAGACAUUGAUUGUUCUAUCAGCCUAGAAUCAACUUACCAUCAAGACAUUCAGGUCACUGUGGUCAACACUGUAACUGAUGAUCUGAUUUCCUCUUCAGUUUCUGCUUCCUAUGGAAAUGCAAUGAGAUAUAGUGGAGAGAUGACCCUCUCACACAUUCCUUCUAACCUUCAAUUCAGUGCUAAGUUGGUGACACCACAUGAAGGAUUCAAAUACUCUGAGGCUUCAUUCACUACAACUAAGAAACAGGAGACCUAUUCUAGUAAACUAGUCAUCACCUCUGACAAAAUUUCCACCAUAACCUGGGAAGUUAGACAAAAAAUACUAGGAAUUUUUGAUAUUGACUUCUUUAGCAAACUCACAAGUGAUUUUGAAAUUGCUCAACUAUGGCAAUUUAGUCUAACUAGCCAAAAACAAGGUGAAGAAUAUAUCAUGUUGGUGGAAACUUACAUGGAUCCAGUCAGAAAGAUUAGUGCUGAUGCUUCAGUUAUCUUACGGGGACAAAAUGGCAAGUCUAAGCUACAUCUUACAAUUGAAACACCAUUUGAAGUCCUUAAGAGUUUCAAAUAUAAGGAAGACCAAACAACUUCCAAGUUGCGUGAAAAGCACAUGAGAAACACUCGAGCUAUCCUUGUACAGUACAAUGGAGAGACAUAUUUGGAGGCAGAUGAAGAAUUUGAAUUCUUGAUUGAAGAAGACUGGCUGUAUGAUUAUCAAAUUAUCUUCAGACAUCCUAGACAGAUGGAAUACUCAGUCAAUCUAAAGAAGGAGGUCAAUCUUUUCACAGGAAAAUCCACCAUAAAUUGGAACAGAGAGGAAAUUAACAGCAAUGUCCAGAUCAGUGGUCAAGCAACCAUUGCCAAUAACAAUGACCUUCAUAAUCAAAUACAAAUAGAGGCUGUUCAUGCAACAAGAACAGUUGGCCUGGAUGCAAUUCUUCACAGAACAACCAACAUGCAGAGAGCAAAGAUGGUGGUGGCAUGGGACAAAGAUAAUAACAAAAAAGCUGGAUUUGACCUUCACCAAGAUAAAAAGAAGUAUUCCACAAAGGUUGUCAUUCCAUCAAGAUCCAUUGAAAUGGUCAAUGAGUAUGAUGAUACAAAUCCUGUUGUCUGGAGUGAGAACACUUUGUACUGGGAUGCUGAUUCUGACAGAGACCAAAAAGCUGGCAUCCGUUUGACUAAAUCUGGUAAACGAAACAUUGAUCACCAAAUCGACAUCAAAUUGCCUACUUUCAACAAGGAGUACUCAAUUCACACAGUUACUCAGAAAAAGAAGAAGCUUUUUGAAAGCACUGUUGAGUUUUCUUAUUCUCCUCAAAAGAGAAAGAACAUUGUUAUGUCUGUCCGAGUAGACGAUAUUUCUACAGGAUCCCAAUCUUCCAAUUACACCUGGUCCUUAGGAAUGUCCCAGCGAUACAGUAACCUUGACAUUACCCUGAGUGGACACACUGGACAGUCUGACAUGAGUGAUACAUUUGGAGUUGGUGUGCAAUACCUCACAAACCAAAGACAGAGGAAGAACAUGAAGAUGCUUAUGGAAAUCAAAAAAAUACAGAAAGAGAUUGCUCUUUAUAUGGAUGUGCCUAGUGGCAAAUCUUUGGGAGUUAUUGGUCGUGUAGAAUCCACAUCUCCUUUAUUAGUGUCUGUAGACAGUUUGGAUAAUGGCAGACAGUCUGAGAAACUCAGAGUCAAAGUUGAUAAGAAUAAACGAAGUAUUGAACUCAAGGCCAAGUAUGAUACAGCUAAUCCAAGAUCAGCCCUGCACAUGAAGGCAGAAUUACCAACCAAGAAAGAUCUUCAGGUUGAGAUCUACAGAACUGGAAACUUUGAGCAGGUUACCGACUCCCUCAUCAAUGUUCAGCUUCAGGACUCCAGAUUCCUUCACUCAAAGAUCAACUGGAGGCCAGAAAUGUUUGCUGAUGCCAUGGAGUUCACCACACAGAGAAUGAUGAAAGAUGCCACAGAGGCUAAUGCUGCAUUUUUGGAGGUGGGAACCGACAUUGCUAGUGAACUAGCUGGUAAAGAUUCCACACUCAGCAAGGAACUAAUGGAAGAAAUCAAACCUUUCACUGAAACUCUUGCCAAACAAGUGGAGGACUUCCAGGAUGAACUGAAAGCCAUCAAGCAGACAAUUAAGGAGAUGAAGAAAAAUAAUGAUCUCUACCUGGGUGACCUUAACCAAUUCUUUAACAACUCCAUCCAGGAAUUCAUUGUUGCAUAUGGCAGAGGUCUCCGACAAAUGCAGACUUCAUAUAGUGAAAUGAAGACCAAAAUCACUGAACUAUCAAAUAAAGUCAAAACCUAUCCAUUUGCUGAGAAAUACACCAAGAUGGUUAAUGAUAUGUCAUCCAAUUUUGAGGAAUACAAAAAAGAAGCUCAUAGUUGGAUGAUGAAGGAGGUAAAGACCAUGACAUCCAACAUCAAAGAAAACAUCCGUCUCCUUCAACAGAAAAUCCAAGAACUUCUUAAGAAGACAAAGACUAUUGCAUCACAAAAACUGGACUUGAUCCUGCAGCAUCCAAAUGUCCAAAGAAUACAACAAGAAGUGUCUGCUCUCUCUCAAAGACUCCCAGACAUGCCCGACAUGCCAGACUACAGUGUCUAUGUCAAAAAGGUCAAAUCUGCUGUGAAGGGCAUCGACAUUAAGAAGCCCUACAAUGAUGUGGUUUCCAAGGUUACAGCUGUUGUGAACGCCAAGUACAAUGAGCUCCAGAAGGACCAAGACUUUGUCAAGUUCCAAAAACUCAUGAAGGAGAUCUAUGAGGAGUUGUCCAAGGAAUUUGAAUUUUUGUCCAUCAGAAAACAACUUAUGGAUAUUGCCACUCAGAUGCAUGGUGAUAUCAAGAAAUUCAUUGUUGAAGACAUUAUUGAAAUGAAAAUAUUAGGUUUGGACAAAUCCAGAGUCAUCACCUUUGACCCUGAAAAUGGCAACAUUGAGGUAGAAAUCUAUCUCCCCACUAAGAUGGAAACCCUUGACCGCCUACCCAAGAUCCCAGUUACCAAAUUCAGAAAUGUAAUGAAGGAUGUUGCUGGAAGAGUUCAGACCAUCAUCCCUGACACUGAUUUCUGCUUCUGGGACAUCUACUACAGAUUUAGACCUGCAAGCCUCAACCCCAUUGACUGGAUUCCUCCCUUCAAAGGCUACGCCUAUGUUGCUGGUAACAGGCAUUACAUCACAUUUGAUGGAAAGAAAUUUGACUUCACUGGUGACUGCAAUUUCAUCUUGACACGUGAUCUUGUCAACCACAAUUUCACUGUCAUCAUGAACUACAAGCCAAACAAGAACACCAUGGAAUCUCUCCUGGUUCUGGCUGAAGGAAAAACAAUUGAAAUCUUCCCCGACUUCACUGUUAAGAUAGACAACAAGCCCCAUGAGUUCCCAUACAUUUCCCAUAAACUGAGUCUUGAACGGGUAGGAAACUGGAUAAAACUGGACACUGGGCGAGGUUUGGUCAUCACUGGUGACCUUCCUAGCAAUGUGUUUAAACUAGAGGUCAGCGGCUGGUACUUUGGCAAACUGGCAGGAUUGCUAGGCACCUAUAACAACGAACAGUAUGAUGAACUGACAACAUCUGACAACAAGAUUGUCAAGAAUGAGGAUUCCUUCUACAAUAGCUGGGAGGUCAGCAAAAAAUGCAGACCCAAUGGAAACAAUGCUGUGGACAUCAUCCAGGAUUCUAAUGAUGCUAAAUACAUCAAAUGCUCCAAAGUCCUCAAGUCCUCAGAUUCUGUCCUCAGGCCCUGUUUCAGACAAGUGAGUCCAGGCAAAGCCUUUGAGAUGUGCUUGAACCAGGAAGAUGCUUGUGCUGCUGCCAGAUUCUAUCUCCAUCAGUGUCAACAGGAAGGUGUCCAUCUUUCUCCUCCAAAGGAAUGUGUUCAGUGUGUUGCUCCCAAUGAGGAGAGUUUUGUGGCUGGUGAGACCAUCAGGAUUUCCUCACUCACUGAUGAUUACAAGCCUGUUUCGUCUGCUGACACAGUCUUCAUUGUGGAGGAGAAACCAUGCAACAGAGAAACUACCAAACACCUUGGAUCUCUGGUCUAUGAGAUUGAACAGGAACUCACCAAAACUGGCAUCUCAAACAACAAGUAUGGACUGCUAGGAUUCAACAAGAAGGGCUCUCAUGUUCACACAAUGGAGGGUCAAUUACUCAAUGAUCCCACCAAGUUUGUCAUGGGGGUAGAAAGCCUCACUUUCACUAGUCACAAGACAGACACCCUGAGUGCAAUCCUUGAGGCAGCCAAUUAUCCAUUCCGUGCUGGUGCAGUCAAGAACAUCAUCCUUCUACAAUGUGGAGUCUGUUCUGAUAUGAAAACCAUGCAAUACCACCAAAUUAGACAUAUUCUCCAGUCUAGAAGUAUCAGAUUCCACAUUCUGAGAGACCAAGAAUUCAUGCUCGGAAACAGAAUUCCUAAACAGAAAAUCUUAGGUGUGGACAGUGACAGGAAAUAUGUCCUUCAUAACUCUAAUGACCAGAGUCUAGAUAACAUGGAUACCCCCAUGGACACAUGCUCCCACCUUGCCCUUCUCUCCAAUGGUUCCAUCUUUGAUUCCAGCUCAAUGCUUCUGAAGAAGGUCCGACACCAGAAGAUGGCCAUUGACACCAUCAGUAACCGUGUAGCCAAGUCUUCCAUCCCCACUAAAUGUCAGGUCUGUCAGUGUGAGACUGAUAAAACAGGUGCUCCUAGAUCAGUCUGCAGAAGUUGUUACUCAGAAAUGAAAGAUUACCUCAGUCUUUGGUGGAGCCAACUUAGACACCCAAUGACACUUGAACAAGAGAUUAACAAACAAUUUCAGGAGUUCCUGAAUGCCAAGAAAGGUUGGGCAGUCCUAACAGCAUAAAUGUGAUGACGUAUACAAACAUUACAAUGAUUUCACUGUGAUUUUUGCAAUGAACAAUGCAAAUGUUUUCACCCAUCACCAUGACAACAGUCCUCAUUUCUCAUCAACUCUUACUAUACAUUCCUGUGAAUCAUUUAUUAUUUUUAUAAUGAAUUUACCAAUGAUAAACAAAGAAUUCCAAAUAAAAAUCCUGUAUAUAUUUGUGACAUUAUUUAUUGUUUAUUGUUAAUAAAGAAAAGAAUAUUUUUGAAA